AUGAGCUACAAUUUAUCUGGGCAAGCGCAGGCGGGACAGUCGCAAACUCUCGGCCUUGGGCUCGGUUUGGGGUUGGGUAUGGGCGGUAGGCAGCGGAGUAACUCGGACACGUGGGGCUCGUACGAGUAUCAGCAGCAGCAGCAGGCGAUUGCGCGCCAGCAACAGAUGCGAGCUCAGGCGCAGUUGCAAGCCCAGCAGCAGCAGCAGCAACUGCAGGCUCAGCAGGCGCAUGCCCAGUUGCAGAUGCAAAUGCAGAUGCAGGCUGCCCAGCAGGCACAACAGAUGCAAUCGUUCAGCUUUGGUGGCGCGUCUGCGUCGAGAGGAGGCAGCCCGAACCCCAACACGAAUGCAUCGCCUACGAUCAACAACACCAGCGCCAUGGGCGCCUCGUCCUCGUCCUCUCCAUCCGGUACGAAGACAUCUUCGCCUUCCCCUCCGAACCUUAAUCCUGGCUCCAACGUAACAAUGGGCGUGGGCAUGACCAACAAUAACAACAACAACUUUUUGUUGCCUGCGGACCCAAUCCGGCGCGCUGUGUCGGACUCUCUGAGCUUGGGUAUUGGCAGAGGCGGGCAUAGAGUGUCGAGGUCGGAGGAUGUGAGGCUGAAUGUGCCUACGAUUGGGGUCGGUGUGUAUCAGGGAGGAGGUGUGGCUCAAGGACAAGGAGGGCAGCAUGCACACACAAGCUCAAUGAGCGGUAUAUAUCCGGAUUUCUCACAGAGUCAGCAGCAGAUGCAUAUGCAGCAGCAGCAGGCGCAGUUGCAUUCGAUGCAGCAGGCGGCGUUGCAGGGGCAGAGUCAGAGUCAGAGCCAGCAGUUCCUACACCCGAAUCUACCGCCCGCACGUCGCUCGCUGUCGCCUUCAGGACACAGUCACAGCAGCUCGUUGUCUCUCGGGGGUGGUGCUGCCGGGAGCAGCAGUGGCAACAGCCUGGGUCUGCCACCUCCGCCCAAUGUGCAUGUCGGCCACUUCCGCCGCGCGAGCAGCGGCAGCCGGUCGGAUCGUGGCGCGGAAGUGUGGGGGAGUCAGUCGUUCGCGCAUGGGGGACACUCGCGCCAUGCGAGCGUCGGAGCCGGGUCCUCGAGUGUGGGUGGUGGGAGUGGGAGCAGUCUCGGUUUGGGUGGGGAUGGGCUGCAGGGCUUGAGUGUGUCGCCGUCUGGGCAUCUGACGGCGAACCGUAGAGUCAGCCCGUAUCCUAGCCCGAACGCGAGUCCGCGGGUGAGGUAUGAGGAGCUGGUGGAGGAUGAUGGGUAUGGGGGUGGUGGUGGAGGUGGGUAUGGAGGUGGUGGGAUGGGAAUGGGUCUUGGGCUGGGGUUGGGGCUGGGUGGAGGCGGUGGGUUGACGCUCGGCGGUGCGCACUCGCAGCAUGCCGUACAUAAUCUCGGACUGGCAGGCCCUGAAAUUGGCGAGCCGCCUGUUAGCGGCGGGUUCAGCGAGGAGGUUCCAAUCGCCGGGCGCGGGGCAUACCGAGACAUCAACGAUGGGGCGUCGUCGAAUGGCGGUGGCGAUGUAGGACCUAGCAGUGGGCGACGGCGGGCAGGCAGCCAGGCGAGCGUGGGGGCAACAGACGCGCAAGGCAACCCAAUUGCGAAGCAGAAUGUGACGACGGGGCGGACGGCGAACGCGUCGAUCCGGCGGCGCAAGCAGGACGCGAAUUUUGCGUGCACGGUGCCUGGGUGCAACUCGACGUUCACGCGGGGGUUCAACCUCAAGGGCCACCUGCGCUCGCACUAUGAGCAGAAGCCGUACAAGUGCCAUUGGCCGGGCUGUGGCAAGGGAUUUGCGAGGCAGCACGAUUGCAAGAGGCAUGAGCAGCUGCAUAGCAAUUUCAGGCCGUUUGAGUGCGAUGGGUGUCGGAAACAAUUUGCGAGGAUGGAUGCGCUGAACAGGCACUUGCGCAGCGAGGCUGGGGCCGAGUGUGCUAGGGUUGUAGAAAGAGGUCGUGAGGGCGGUGCUGGUGGUCCUGGGGCAGGCCAGCAGGAUUUGGGGCUUGGGUUGAAUUUAACGGGAAGUGAGAUGGGGAUUGGGAUGGAAAUGGAGGACCCGGAGGAGUAUGAAGAACCCAAGCAGCAACAGCCCACGGUGGUGACGACGAGGAGUGGUAGACAGGUUGUUCGCAGGAGACAGACGGUCGAGAUGGACGAUGGCGAGUGGGGUGCAGCUGGCGUUGCUCUAUGA